AUGUAUAUAACCAUUGAGCUCCAGGAGCUUCACCAGUCUGUCUGCAAACACUCUUCCUUACAAGUACUUUUGAAGCAACAGAAGACGACCGAGAAGCGCGCUGCUGUGUCCAGCAUGAAGCCCGUCCCUUUGGUCCUGCUCAUAACUUCAGUCUUACUGACCACCCACAUCCCGCUGAGCACCUGUCGACCCCGCGACCUGAGCCUCAUGAACAGCCAGCUAGACGACGUGCUGUUAAACAGGGCAGGAGACGACGCCAUGUCCUACCUCGUGGGCGAAAAACUCCUUCAGUAUUUGCAAAGAAACCUCGGAGCGCAGAAGGCAGGCGGUGUCCUGCAUCUCCCGCACUUCCCCACGGCGCAGCUGCGCUCUCCUCACGAGGACAACAGCUUAGAGGAGCUCACGGAGUUUUCCAAACGGAACGACGAUCCUCCGAUCUCCAUCGACCUCACCUUCCACCUGCUGAGAAACAUGAUCGAAAUGGCGCGAAACGAGAAUCAAAGGGAACAGGCGGGACUGAACCGCAAAUAUCUAGAUGAGGCUGGGAAGUAGCUGUAGCUCCAUGAUGAUGCUUUCAAUCUGCGAGUAAAGAUCAAGCUCAAUGCACUCUUUCACACCCCCAAACUCUCGCUAAAGCAUAUGACAUUCACCGAUGCCUCCUGCUGACCCACACUCUUACAAAUAAAGGUUCUUCAGUGGUUCCUUGCCACUGCAGAGAACCUCCAUCUCGUUCUUGAGUUGGCUGAGGUUCUUUGGAGAGUUAAAAAAAAAAAAGUUCUUCAGAUCAGGCUGUUGGUUUCUGCAUUCCAACAUGAAGAACAACAGAAAAAAAAAGUUCUAAAAGGUUCACGUAUGGCAUCAGUGUUAUGUGGAACC